UGGGUUUACGCGAGUGACGCAGAGAUGCGCGUCUUCAUUCGGGUGCCAGAAGUCGCAAGAGCAUGAAGCAGUCGCAAGUGUUGGCCAUCGCAGGCCUCUUCAUCGUACAAGCCUUCGGGGUCGACGUCUAUAGGAGACAGACGAACUUCAACCAGAACUACAAUGUGCCUCAGCGCUCCGGCUCUUGCCCUGAGAAGGACGGGCGCUACCCCACGGGAACCUGUGACGGGUACAUAGAAUGCAAAGAUGGAGUCCCUGAGGAGAAAGUGUGCCCAGAUGGGCUACUAUUCAACCCAGCGACCGGUCCGCAGGCUUUUCCUUGUCAGUACCCCAUCGACGUGGACUGCACAGGCCGCGAGCAAACUCAACCGGCCCAACCCACGGACGACUGUCCCCACCAGUACGGCUACUUCCGGCUAGGGGACGCGACGACUUGCGGCCAGUUCAAAAAUUGCGUAGAGGGGCGGGGCUUCGUUUUUGACUGUCCGGAAGGAUUGGCGUUCAACGGUGAUAGCUAUCGCUGCGAUUGGCCGGAUCAAGUGCCAACGUGUGACGCAGAGGGUUUUCUAGGUUUUACGUGUCCGCCGGAUGCCAGAGCUUUCGGUUUGGGUCAAGAGGAAUUUAGGUUUUUCCGGUCGCCAAACGACUGCCAAAGGUACUUCGUCUGUGUGAAUAACAGACCCAGGAUGUACAACUGUGGCGAAGGGCAGGCCUUUAACGAUUUAAUUAAUAGUUGCGACGGGGUGGAAAAUGUUACAGGAUGUGCUGUACCUCAAUACUCCACGAAAAAUGACUUCGGAAAAGGAUCUUCAAACGCCAUUCAAGGAAACUCGUUCAGGAACUAUAGGAUUUGAGUCACUUGCAGCAAAUAAAUUUCUAAUUAAGUAAUAAA